CGGAGUCAGAGAUGGCGGCCUCCACGGAGCAGGCGUGGGCCUUGUUUGGCGCCGGCGUUCGGGCGGUGCUCGAGGCCUGGCCGGCGCUGCAGAUCGCCGUGGAGAACAGCUUCGGGGGAGUGCACAGCCGAGAGAAGGCCCUGUGGCUCGGGGGGGCUGUCCGCGAUUAUUUUGUCCAGAACGCCGACCUGGAGCAGGAUGAGGUGGAAGACUUCCUGGCUGACAUCAUGAGCACCGAAUUUGACACCCUGGUAGAAGAUGGAAGCCUGCCCCAGGUAAGCCAACAGCUCCGGACAAUGUUCAGAUACUGCCAGAGUGGUGAGGAACUUUUGCUGAGAGAGUUCAUCGCUCAGAUGGGCCAGAAGCAGAUGGAGGUCAAAGCCAUGAAGGUCCAGACAGUCGAGCAGACCAAUGACAACGACCCGGGCCAGGAGGAAAAAAUAGAUGGGGGAACAGAGGAAAUGGAGGUCACUGACAGCAGGGAGACCCCUGCCCUGCCCUAUGGUGCCCAGGCUGGUCCAUCUGCUGCCACUAGCCUGGCCUCUGUUGGGCAUGAAGCUGCUGAAGACGGCUGGAUUGUUAUCCAGAGGAAAAAGAAGAUAAACUCCGAAGUGCUCAGCCCGGCAUUUAAAGGCCACCACAGUAUUCCUUUCACCAGGCUGAUGGACCUGCCAGCCCUUCCCACAUUCCUUCCCCCAUACUUAGAGUCUUUUCCUCCCUUUUCCACAUUAGCCUCUGAAUCCUUACCCUCAAAGCUGCCUGGUAGACUUAACCAGGUAAUGGGGUUCCCCUUCCUUGUAUGGACAGUCUGGGUUCUCAAUCAUAAUAAAGCAAGUGUGAAGGUUUGCAGAGUGAAAGCUGCUUGUGCGUAGGGCCUCUAGUCCUGGUCACUCACGCUCACACAUCAGUGCUUAUGGGAUGGAAAUGAACUGAGUUGGAAGUGA